AUGAUGUCCACAAAUGGAGAACAUCACACGGCCCUACCGGAUGAAGUAGCGGCACUGUUCGAACUCGGUCCGGAUGGUGCAAACAGCGUAGUCAGUUCGCUCAAGACGCUACUUGAUAAGUUCACAAAUACUUCCCACACCGAACCGGCAGAGGAAGGACUACAGCUGCUUGGUACAGCCGUGGGAAAGCAAAAGAACUGGCAGGACCCUUUCCGAGAAGCAGGUGUUCUUGACUAUGUGCUACGCAACCUGGGCGAUGUGAGCAUACCGCUUGCGUUGCGCAAACAAUAUCUGCGCAUAAUUGGGAAUUGCGUCGCUGAUAACGACACAAAUCGAGAAGUUGCCACUAAAGACAUAUCAAAUAUUGUCGAUUGUCUACCGUCGGACGACCUGACACCGAUCGCUCUCGCGGUCCUUUUUAACCUCUGCAAUGAUUUUGACCCCGCUAAGGCUGCAGCUGCGGUCAUCAGAUUGGAUUUCACUCUUUCUGGGUACCUUGCUGGACACCGCAUACCGGACGCCGCACUUGACUACGCAACCGAACUUCUCACAUGGACCACUGAAAAGCUCACAGCAGCCCAGUUCAACGACGAUGUAUCACUCGACACUUUCACCGAUCUUCUGAAGGUGGCCCUGGAUUACGACGAAGAUCACUAUCAGGAAUAUGUCGCUAUCCUGGUCCAUUAUCUACAAGACCCUGAGUUCCAGGCCAAGGUCGCGACCCCGGAGCUACUCGGUGACCUCAUAACUCUGAUGCUGGACUUUGAGUCCCGUAUCACACCGGAAGAGUCCGAUGCCGUGUUCGAAGAGCUGGCCAUUUCCAAGAGCACAGAGAAGACAGCAUCGGAUAGUACGAAUGUACUCUUGGCAGCACAAUUGAUUGGAACGGUCUCAGCAGUUUCAGCCACCGAUCCAUUCGCACAACGAUUUAGUAUCAGGAGCCAAGUCAUUGAGACCGUCAGGGCCAAAUUAUGUGCCUCAGCUUCACCAUCUACAAUUUGUGCCUGCGUCAUGCUCGGCAACCUUGCCAUGUCAGACGAAAUCUGCACUGACAUGGUCAAGAUUAUGGAGCUUCAUCUUCCUUUGGCCAGCAUCUUAUCCUCAAGCAACAAACCCGCGCUCCUGUAUGCUGCCGCAGGCUUCAUGCGCCAUCUCACAUUCCCUGAAACGAACCGGGCACCACUGGCAGAUGCUGGCCUUCUCCAGAACUGUACCGCAUUACUCAAGCAAACAGAUGCUGCUGUCCGCGGCGAAGCAGCAGCAAUUAUUGGCAAGCUCGUCACAGACAACUUGCACAACGUUAUCAAGGUAGUCUGCGAGAAGGUUGGGGAAACAGUCAUCCCGGAUGCGCAUCCCGUCGUAGGUCUGGAAGCUUCCUCUGAAACAACAGUCCUUCACCAGAUUGUCGAGCAGGCACUCGCGCCCACAGGGCCGUUGCCUAGCACUGCAAUGAAAAACCCUACAAUCGAGCUCAGCCGGUCGAUUGUGACGAUCCUUCGAUUCCUGGGAAGAACGAUACCAGAAGACAAUGUCGAUGCAAUUAGGGAACAGAUGUACAAGGUUCCACUGAUUGCUCGACCGUUGGCCAGACUCGUGCGCCAACGCUUCUAUGCCGAUGCAAGAUCAGAAGGUCUGCUGGGUCUAGGGCUGAUGGCGCAAACGCCCCGCGGUGCGAAGUUGGUGAUUGAAGAAGUCAAAGAAGAUAAUGGGUUGCUCGAGGCUAUCAAGGAGUUUGCUGAGGGCAAGGAAGGAGGAGCCGAACAUCAGACUAGCUCAGCUUCGGGACGAGAUUAUCAGAAUGCGGUUGUUCUACUGCAAGCACUGCAGAACAACUGGGAUACAGAGGCCGAUCCAUCGCUCAAGGACCAGGUCCAAACAUUGCAGGAAGCGCUCGGCAGAAUGAUGGUCCAGUGA